CUCCCAGGGCGGAGGGCCCAGCGCCAGCGCUCGCUCGCGUCUUCUCCGCCGUUUGGCCAAAACUUGGUUUCUCUAAGAGCCAUGCUUCGAGUGAUUGUGGAAUCUGCCACUAACAUCCCUAAAACGAAAUUUGGGAAACCGGAUCCUAUCGUUUCUGUCAUCUUUAAGGAUGAGAAAAAGAAAACAAAGAAAAUUGAUAAUGAACUCAACCCGGUCUGGAAUGAGAUUUUGGAGUUUGACUUGAAGGGGAUACCACUGGACUCUUCGUCUUCCCUUGUGAUUAUUGUCAAAGAUUUUGAGACAAUUGGACAAAAUAAAUUAAUUGGCACAGCAAGUGUCUCCCUGAAGGACCUGAUCGGGGACCAGAACAGAUCCUUGCCCUACAAGCAGAUCUCCCUGCUGAAUGAAAAGGGACAAGACACUGGGGCCACCAUUGACCUGGUGAUCGGCUAUAACCCACCUUCUGCUCCACAUCCAAAUGACCCGAGCGGGACCAGUGUGCCAGGCAUGGGUGAAGAGGAUGAAAACCAGGGAGAUGAAGACAGGGUAGAUGGUAUGGUCAGAGGCUCUGGGCCCAAGGGGCCAUCUGGGACACUGUCAGAGGCCCAGCUUGCUCGGAGGAUCACCAAAGGGAAGAGCAGCCGGCGGAUGCUGUCUAACAAGCCACAGGAUUUCCAGAUCCGUGUCAGAGUGAUCGAGGGCCGACAGUUAAGUGGCAACAACAUAAGGCCCGUAGUGAAAGUCCACAUCUGUGGCCAGACACACCGAACAAGAAUCAAGAGAGGGAACAAUCCGUUUUUUGAUGAGUUGUUUUUCUACAAUGUGCACAUCACACCUUCCGAACUCAUGGAUGAGAUCAUCAGCAUCCGGGUUUAUAAUUCCCAUUCCUUGAGGGCAGAUUGUCUGAUGGGGGAAUUUAAGAUUGAUGUUGGAUUUGUGUAUGAUGAACCUGGCCAUGCUGUCAUGAGGAAAUGGCUUCUUCUCAAUGACCCAGAAGAUGCCAGCUCGGGUGCAAAAGGUUACAUGAAAGUUAGCAUGUUUGUCCUGGGGACCGGCGAUGAACCCCCUCCCGAGAAACGAGAUCGUGAUAAUGACAGUGAUGACGUGGAGAGCAACUUGUUACUUCCGGCUGGCAUAGCCCUCCGGUGGGUAACCUUCUUGCUGAAGAUCUACCGAGCCGAGGACAUCCCCCAGAUGGAUGAUGCCUUCUCACAGACGGUGAAGGAGAUAUUUGGUGGCACAGCCGAUAAGAAAAAUCUCGUGGACCCUUUUGUAGAAGUCUCCUUUGCUGGGAAAAAGGUUUGCACAAAUAUAAUUGAGAGAAAUGCAAACCCCGAAUGGAAUCAAAUUGUCAAUCUUCAGAUCAAGUUUCCCUCCAUGUGUGAGAAAAUAAAACUGACCGUAUAUGACUGGGAUCGGCUUACCAAAAAUGAUGUCGUUGGGACAACGUACCUAUACCUCUCUAAAAUUGCCGCCUCUGGGGGAGAAGUAGAAGAUUUCUCAUCUUCGGGAACUGGGGCUGCAUCAUACACAGCAAAUACAGGAGAGACGGAGGUGGGCUUUGUCCCAACAUUUGGACCUUGUUAUUUGAACCUUUAUGGAAGCCCCAGAGAGUACACGGGAUUCCCAGACCCCUAUGAUGAGCUGAAUACAGGCAAGGGAGAAGGUGUAGCCUACAGAGGCAGGAUCUUGGUUGAACUGACCACUUUCCUUGAGAAGAAACCACCAGAAAAGAAGCUUGAGCCCAUUUCAAAUGAUGACCUUCUGGUUGUUGAGAAAUACCAGCGAAGGCGGAAGUACAGCCUGUCUGCCGUGUUCCAUUCCGCCACCAUGUUGCAAGAUGUUGGAGAGGCCAUUCAGUUCGAAGUCAGCAUUGGGAACUAUGGCAACAAGUUUGAUGCAACCUGUAAACCUUUGGCGUCAACAACUCAGUACAGCCGUGCAGUAUUUGAUGGGAACUACUAUUACUACUUACCUUGGGCCCACACAAAGCCAGUGGUCACUCUGACUUCCUAUUGGGAGGAUAUUAGUCAUCGCCUGGAUGCAGUGAACACUCUCCUAGUCAUGGCAGAACGGCUGCAAUCAAACAUAGAGGCUGUAAAAUCAGGGAUCCAAGGUAAAGUUCCUGCAAACCAGUUGGCGGAGCUGUGGCUGAAGUUGAUCGAUGAAGUUAUAGAAGACACAAGAUACACCUUGCCUGUCACAGAAGGAAAAGCCAACGUCACAAUUCUGGAUACGCAGAUCCGAAAGUUGCGGUCCAGGUUUCUCUCCCAGAUACACGAGGCGGCUCUGAAGAUGAGAUCUGAAGCCACAGAUGUGAAAUCCACUUUGUUGGAAAUCGAGGACUGGCUUGAUAAAUUGAUGCAACUGACUGAAGAGCCUCAGAACAGUAUGCCCGACGUCAUCAUCUGGAUGAUCCGUGGAGAGAAAAGACUUGCUUAUGCACGGAUUCCUGCCCAUCAAGUCUUAUACUCCACCAGUGGUGGGAACGCAUCUGGAAAAUACUGUGGGAAAACCCAAACCAUCCUUCUGAAGUAUCCACAAGAGAAAAACAAUGGUCCCAAAGUGCCUGUGGAAUUGAGAGUGAAUAUCUGGCUGGGUUUAAGUGCUGUGGAGAAGAAGUUCAAUAGCUUCGCCGAAGGCUCCUUCACCGUCUUUGCUGAAAUGUAUGAAAACCAAGCCCUCGUGUUUGGGAAAUGGGGCACAUCUGGACUGGUGGGACGUCAUAAGUUCUCAGAUGUCACAGGAAAAAUAAAACUCAAAAGAGAAUUCUUUUUGCCUCCCAAAGGCUGGCAGUGGGAAGGAGACUGGAUAGUGGAUCCUGAAAGAAGCCUCCUGACUGAGGCUGACGCAGGUCACACAGAGUUCACGGACGAAGUCUACCAGAAUGAGAACCGCUAUCCUGGAGGCGAGUGGAAGCCAGCAGAGGACACCUAUACGGAUGCGAAUGGAGAUAAGGCAGCAUCACCCAGCGAGCUGACUUGCCCUCCAGGUUGGGAGUGGGAAGAUGACGCAUGGAUAUAUGACAUAAACCGAGCAGUGGAUGAGAAAGGCUGGGAGUAUGGAAUUAGCAUUCCUCCUGAUAACAAGCCCAAGUCCUGGGUUGCAGCAGAGAAAAUGUAUCACACUCACAGACGGCGGAGACUGGUCCGAAAACGCAAGAAAGAUUUGACACAAACAGCUUCGAGUACGGCAAGGGCCAUGGAAGAAUUAGAAGACCGGGAGGGCUGGGAAUACGCUUCGUUGAUUGGCUGGAAAUUCCACUGGAAACAGCGCAGUUCAGACACCUUUCGCCGCAGACGCUGGAGGAGAAAAAUGGCUCCUUCAGAAACACACGGUGCCGCUGCCAUCUUUAAACUUGAAGGUGCCCUUGGAGCAGACACCACAGAGGAUGGAGAUGAAAAGAGCUUGGAAAAGCAGAAACACAGUGCCACCACUGUGUUUGGAGCAAACACACCCAUUGUUUCCUGUAAUUUUGACAGAGUCUACAUCUACCACCUGCGCUGCUACAUUUAUCAAGCUCGGAACCUCAUGGCUUUGGACAAAGACAGCUUUUCAGAUCCAUAUGCUCACGUCUCCUUUCUCCAUCGAAGCAAAACCACGGAGAUCAUCCACUCCACCCUGAAUCCCACCUGGGACCAAACAAUUAUAUUUGAUGAGGUUGAAAUCUUUGGGGAACCCCAAACAGUCCUACAGAACCCACCCAAAGUGAUCAUAGAACUUUUUGACAAUGACCAAGUGGGCAAAGAUGAAUUUUUAGGUCGAAGUAUUUGCUCUCCUUUGGUGAAACUGAACUCGGAAACAGAUGUUACUCCUAAGCUUCUCUGGCAUCCCGUUAUGAAUGGAGACAAGGCCUGUGGGGACGUCCUUGUGACAGCAGAGCUGAUUCUGAGGAACAAGGAUGGCUCCAACCUUCCCAUUCUUCCCUCUCAAAGAGCACCACAUUUAUACAUGGUCCCUCAGGGGAUCAGGCCCGUGGUUCAGCUCACCGCUAUUGAGAUUCUAGCUUGGGGCUUAAGAAAUAUGAAAAACUACCAGAUGGCUUCUAUCACAUCCCCCAGCCUCGUGGUGGAGUGUGGAGGGGAAAGAGUAGAGUCAGUGGUGAUCAAAAACCUUAAGAAGACGCCCAACUUCCCAAGCUCUGUUCUCUUCAUGAAAGUGUUCUUGCCCAAGGAAGAACUGUACAUGCCUCCACUGGUGAUCAAAGUCAUUGACCAUAGGCAGUUUGGGCGGAAGCCCGUGGUCGGCCAGUGCACCAUUGACCACCUGGACCGCUUUCGCUGUGAUCCGUAUGCUGGAAAGGAGGAUAUUGUACCACAAAUAAAAGCCUCCCUUAUGUCUGCACCCCCAUGCCGGGAUGUUGUUAUUGAAAUAGAAGACACCAAACCAUUAUUGGCUUCUAAGCUGACAGAAAAGGAGGAAGAAAUCGUUGACUGGUGGAGCAAAUUUUAUGCUUCUUCGGGGGAGCAUGAAAAAUGUGGACAGUAUAUUCAGAAAGGAUAUUCCAAACUCAAGAUCUAUGACUGUGAACUGGAGAAUGUCGCCGACUUUGAGGGCCUGACAGAUUUCUCAGAUACCUUCAAGUUGUUCAGAGGCAAGUCCGAUGAGAACGAAGACCCGUCUGUGGUAGGAGAGUUUAAAGGCUCCUUCCGAAUCUACCCCCUGCCUGAUGACCCCAGUGUGCCAGCCCCUCCCAGGCAGUUUCGGGAACUGCCUGACAGUGUCCCGCAGGAAUGCACGGUUAGGAUUUACAUUGUUCAAGGCUUAGCGCUCCAGCCCCAGGACAACAAUGGCCUGUGCGAUCCUUAUAUUAAAAUAACCCUGGGCAAAAAAGUAAUUGAAGACCGAGACCAUUACAUUCCCAACACUCUCAACCCAGUGUUCGGCAGAAUGUACGAACUGAGCUGCUACUUGCCUCAGGAGAAAGACCUGAAAAUCUCUGUCUAUGACUACGACACCCUCACCCGAGAUGAGAAGGUGGGAGAAACGAUCAUUGACUUGGAGAACCGCUUCCUUUCCCGGUUCGGGUCCCACUGCGGCAUUCCUGAGCAGUACUGUGUUUCUGGAGUAAACACCUGGCGAGAUCAGCUGAGACCAACACAGCUGCUUCAAAACGUAGCCAGAUUCAAAGGCUUCCCACCACCAGUCCUUUCGGAAGAUGGAAGCAGAAUCAGAUAUGGAGGACGAGACUACCAUCUGGAUGAAUUUGAAGCCAACAAAAUCCUGCACCAGCACCUUGGGGCCCCCGAAGAGCGUCUUGCCCUCCAUAUCCUCAGGACUCAGGGGCUGGUCCCUGAGCAUGUGGAGACAAGGACUUUGCAUAGCACUUUCCAACCCAACAUUUCCCAGGUAAAGGGGGACCCACCAUCCACUCCUCAAAUGCACUGGAUUUCCGGCAGCGAAGAAAACAAACAGAAAACAGAUGUCCACUACAGGUCGUUGGAUGGCGAAGGCAACUUUAACUGGAGAUUCGUUUUCCCGUUUGACUACCUCCCUGCUGAGCAGCUUUGUAUAGUCUCUAAAAAAGAGCAUUUUUGGAGUAUUGAUCAAACAGAAUUCCGAGUGCCCCCUCGACUGAUCAUUCAGAUAUGGGACAAUGACAAGUUUUCUCUGGACGACUACUUGGGUUUCCUGGAGCUUGAUUUACAUCACACAGUUGUCCCGGCCAAGUCAUCAGAGAAGUGCAAUUUGGACAUGAUUCCAGACCUCAAAGCCAUGGACCCUCUCAAAGCUAAGACUGCCUCUCUCUUUGAGCAGAAGUCCAUGAAAGGAUGGUGGCCGUGCUACGCAGAAAAAGACGGCUCCCGUGUGAUGGCUGGGAAAGUCGAGAUGACACUGGAGGUCCUCAACGAGAGGGAGGCAGACGAGAGGCCAGCCGGGAAGGGACGGAGUGAACCCAACAUGAACCCCAAGCUUGACGCACCCAACCGACCGGAAACCUCCUUCCUCUGGUUCACGAACCCAUGCAAGACCAUGCGCUUCAUCGUGUGGCGCCGGUUCAAGUGGGUGAUCAUCGGCCUGCUCCUGCUGCUCAUCCUGCUGCUGUUCGUGGCUGUGCUCCUGUAUUCACUUCCGAACUAUUUAUCAAUGAAGAUCGUGAGGCCAAAUGCAUAAUGAACGCAAAGCCUUCAGUCAGCCAGCGAUGAAGAACUCCUGCCUCGCAUGCUUAGGUGUGAUCUCAAGUCCAAGACCACCUCAGGUGGGGCAUCAAGUACUUCACCAAGGCACGACAGUUCCUAGCAGGGUCUAAACCUAAAGGUCGGACAACAAGCAACGUUUUUAUCCUAUUUUCUUUUUGAAGUAUUAAAAACUUUAUUUUUGAAAUUUUAAACCUAUUUCCAGAGUAUUUUUAAGGUGGCUGGUUCCAUUUAAGAAUCAUCUUUUUAUGUGCUCUCGAUUCUAGGAUUCAAGUUUAGGAAAUUACUGAAAUGAGUUUGAAAUGUCCUGUGUCUUAAUGUCAUGUAUUUCUUAUUUGUAAUCAAGAGGAAAACCUGCAUCAUAAAAAAUACAGGGGAUGGUUAAAAUAGCUUUUGUUUGUGCCUGCAACCAUUGUUGUGGGAUUUUGUAUGGACAAAUGUCAUGAAACUUUUUGCAACCUCAGUAAUGAAUGCAAAUAAAAAUAUCUCACCUGGUA